AUGCAUUGGCCCGCGUGGUUGACGUGGUACAAGAAGCCAGAGUUCCGCGACAUCAAGGAGUACUCGCAGGCCGUCGGCUCUGGGAAGCGUCCCAUCAGCCCCGAUGGACGCAGCAGCAUGAUCCCCAGGCACCUCAAGGUGGACAGAGUGCUUGACAACAAAACGUGCAGUCCCAUGUCCCUUUUCGAUUUCUACAUGUACCUGAAGCACAUAGAGUUUUCCGAGGAGAACCUCGAGUUCUAUAUCUGGCAUAAGAACUAUGAGCGGAACUAUGAGGCUGCCAGCGGUGACAAAGGCGACGUCUCUUCCCUCGUCUCAUCAGAUGCCAGCCUGGUGGAAAAGGCACCUGGUCUUGGCCUCGAUCCUGAAGCAGCCGAGCAAACCGUUGCCCAAAUCGCACAGCUCAUCAGCGCUGGCGCGACAUGCACACGAGGCUCGAAGUGCAAGCUGACAUGCGCUGACCGCAUCAAGUCAUCCGGAGACGAUGGCUGCAAGCUGCCCGCGCACGCCACCAGCAGCACUGCCACCCUGACGAACUCGGAAGCCGGCUACCGCCGAGAUCUCAACACUAUCGCCCAGACGUUCCUCGUCCCCGGCGCGCCCAAGGAACUGAAUAUCCCGCCCGCGAUGCGCUCCAAGGCCCUCGCCAGCAUACAGACCUCGUCCGACCCCUCCGUCCUACGCCCCGUCGCCGACCAUGUCUACCAGCUGCUCCGGAACUGCUCGCACCGCAACUUCGUCCGCCUCGGCGUCUCCAACGGCACCUUCGAGACCGUCUGCGUGGCCACGGGCCUCGGCAUCGCCCUGACCAUCGCCGGCUUCCUGGCCGUCCUGCUGCUCGCCUUCACCCCGUACCGCGGCGUCCACUCGGGCUGGACAGUGUUCGCUGUCUGGCCCAUGUGGUGGCUGGGCAUGAGCCUCAUCAUGUCUGGCCUGCGCGGAAGCUGCUUCUUCCUCCUGCUCUUCUCGCGCCGCCAGCCGCUGCCCUGGGAGCGCUUCACCGACGCCGAGAUGGCCACGACGAGGCGGACAGGCCUGCUGCGCAUCCUGUCGCGCCUCAUGAUCUUCGACCGCAAGUUCCGCGUCAAGGAUGUCCACCUGCGGCAACUCCAGCGCAAGAUUGUCAUGCAGAGCUUGGUUGGCGGCGCCGCCUUUGCGAGCUGCGGCGUCUUGCUGUUCAUCUUCUUGCCCGUCUGGUACGGCAACAUGUAA